GUGUGGUGCCCUCGUGCGUAGGGAGUAGGUAAGUACUCCGUACCUACCUAGGCACGUAUGUAAGUGGUGCUACCGGGCAGCCCAGCCCAACCCGAUCCCAAGCUCCAAAAAAACAAAGGCGAUGUUACAGACGGACGGACAGCUUGCCCUAUCCUUCCGCAUCACCAUUCCCUCAGAGGGGCACCGUUGUUGGAACAUUGACCUGCUGCAUUCGAGAUUGCAGUGUGACCUUGGGACUUCUCAGCCCCGGCUGACUACUCAAGUACCUACUUGCCUGCUUGGGAGGUACUCCGUACUCUCUGCCUGCGAGUGGUUGGCUGCUCUGGUGCCUGUGGCUCGUGGCUCGUGGUCCAUCAACGCCGCCGGGGCCCCCUCCUCGGGCUGCUCUUUGAGACCAGGCCGGGCUUGGGCAUCUGCUUCAAUCCUCCCCCCCGACAACCACAACCCGUCACACCAUGUCUUUCUUCUUCGGGAGAAACAGGGCGCGUCCCUCCACCGUGGACUUGCCCAAGCAGGCCCGGGAUUCUGUAACUAAAUUGGAGAAGCUGGACGGACCCUCCGGCCAGGCAAAGGCAGAGGAGCUCGCGAAGACGCUCAGCCAGAUGAAGCAGAUACUGCAGGGUACACAGGAGACCGAGGCGACCCCCGAGCAAGUAUACCAGCUGGUCCACGGCAUGAUCGAGGAGGACCUGCUAUAUCAGCUUGCCAUCAACCUGUGGCGCCUGCCGUUCGAAGCCCGCAAGGACACCCAGGUCAUCUUCAGCUCCGUCUUCCGAUUCAGACCUGUCACCGCCUCCCCAAAGUCCGACCCCGUCGCCUUGAGCUGGGUCGUCAACAACAGACCACAGGUCCUGAUCGAGCUCUGCAAGUGUUAUGACCACAAGGAGAGUGCGACCCCGGCUGGGUCCGUCCUUCGGGAGGUCCUGAAGAGCGAGGCUGCUGCCGCUAUAAUCCUCUACGAUGAUGGCGAGGAGCAAGGUUCAAGCGCCAAGGGCAUCAUGGGCAUCGACCAGGACAGAGCCCAGUCAGGGAACGGCGUGUUCUGGCGUUUUUUCGAUUGGAUCGACAAGAGUUCUUUCGAGGUUGCCGCGGACGCCUUCACCACCUUCAGGGAGAUAUUGACCAAGCACAAGGACAUCAUACCGAGGUAUCUGGCCAUCAACUUCGACAUGUUCUUCGAUAAAUAUAAUCACGUCCUCGUCCAGUCCUCAAGUUACGUCACAAAACGGCAGUCUAUUAAACUCCUGGGCGAGCUCCUCCUGGACCGGUCGAAUUACAACAUCAUGACAGCCUACGUCGACAGCGGCGAGCAUCUCAAGAUCUGCAUGAACCUGCUGCGUGACGACCGCAAGAUGGUACAGUACGAGGGCUUUCACGUCUUCAAGGUCUUCGUGGCCAACCCCCACAAGUCCGUUCCGGUACAGAAAAUACUGUUGAUGAAUCGGGAAAAGCUUCUCCAGUUUCUGUCACGCUUCCUUGAGGACCGCACCGAUGAUGAGCAGUUUAUAGACGAGAAGGAGUUCCUCAUCAAGCAGAUACGCAAUAUGCCAGCGGCCCCUGUACCUCCCCAGCGGUAGCCGGCCGGCAACCCGACAAUGGCUGGGAACACGGCACCAGCACGGACUUCACGAAUAUCGCCCUGGACAGUUUCAUCUGAUCAAGGCAAGGGCAGCACACCAGAGCCUACCACGCCGUUAUGUUUGGGUCCAACCCCUGGAGUUAAGGGAGAAUUUACACAUCACUGGGUUUGGGACUUGAUGGAGACGAUGGGUUAUUGACUUGUGUUUGACGAGGCGUUCUCCCUAGGGCUCAGACUACCAGAGCGAUCACACCAUACGCAUGCAUUCCAUAAGGCGUCAAGGAGAGGCACAUCCACGAUUAGUGUGCAUCGUUUCUUUUUCGGCGAGAUCUCAGAGUACGCGGGUGGCGAGGCAGUUACUUGUUAUUUCGACCACUUCCAUCAAGUGGUAGCUGACUUAUCAAUAUGGAAUCAUCAAGCCAAUCGCUGGUGUCUGCAAUGCCCGUCCGAACAGUCGGCACUAUCGGUGAAGCGCCGUCCCAUCUCCAGCGACGCCAAUCGCACGGCAGACCCCAAACAAGAAUGACCCUGAUAAACACAGAACUACUGAGAGAGUCCGCCGCCGCCCUGUCUCGCAAGGACACCAGAGACGAAGGCCACUUGGAGAACGCCAACGAGCUGGCGCUCUCCACUGUUGACUUCUACAGCCCAAAGCAUGAUAAAUAUUCCUAGGGCUGGGGGAGGGGCAUUUCGUAAACUUCAGGCGCAUUUGAGUGGCGGGUUUGAGGCAAGAAUCUUACAAACUAGGUAGGUGGCUUCACCUCGCGCAUUGCAGCGACUCCCAAUUGCCGGUGAGCAAGGUGGAAACUCGUCUGGCCCCUUGAGGGUGUGAACUGCGAUUCAUGCUACCAUACAACACCCGGCUCGUCGUCCGCGAAGAUGUGAUCUCUUCGUCGUACAGCAGCCCACCUCCGAUUGCCCGCUCUCGCGUGUUCUUCGGCCUCCCUUAGCCACUGCCUCCAUCUCCUCGUACCGGGCGCAGCGCCGCUCCUUUGCGCCCAGCGCGCAUCCUUCGUCUCUCGGAUGACAUACCACAUUGUUCUGGUAAAGCUCCGGUACCCGUCACACAUGUCGUUUGGGUCAGUCGUGCGGUCGGCGUGCCUCGCGUCCCGUGGUGUGACAUCUCGCCACUCAUAACGGGACAGGUCCCAAUAAUGCUCCUUGGACACCAUGCUCGCCAACCAGCCAUCAGUAGCUUGUGCGCCCGGUCGCCGACGUGAUAUUCGCACUCGGCCGUGCCGGCAUAUAGCUCACGCGCCACCUCGUCUGAGCACUGAACGAGGAUGAAGCCCCCCUGCUGCGUACGAAUGACAAUGUCUCCGGCGGUGACCUUAUCCCUCCGCGCGCGCACCAUCAACACGGGUCGCCACCACGAUGCAUAUCCUACAAUGGACGUCCCAAGUGACACGAUCCCCACUGCGAGCAAGGCGACCCCAUCCUUCCAGUAUAUCAUCAUUCCUAUGAUGACUCCUGUGAGAAUGAAUGAUGCUGCUGAGAUGAAAUUGGUCGGGCUGCUCCACUUCGGGGUGAUAACCGGGCGUUCCUCUGUCAGCGCCAUAAAUGUCUCCGACAUAGGAUCGAUGGACUUCUCGCUAGGGUGUUGUCUGAACAGGCUCCCUUGUUCUAUGUCUGAGGUGUACGCAGCGCUACUCUGACGCCGCAACCCGCUGCUGGAUUGGCUUCUCC